UUUUCACUUCUAUUUAUUAGGGAUUAAAGUUAAAACAGUCUCAUGAGAGUUUUCAGCCACAGGCUAAAAAACAUGAAGCAGAAGAGAAGCUGUGGGUGCCCUGUCCCUGGAAGGCCAGGCUGGUCAGGGUCCUGCACACUUUGAUGUGGUGGAUGGCUUCCCUGCCCAUGGCAGGAGGUUGGAAGCAGCUGAUGUUUAAGGUCCCUUCCACGCCAAAGCAUUCUGGGACACCAGGGGGGUGCAAAAGAGGGCUUCUGCUACGGUUAAUGGAAUGUUGCCACAGCUAAACUGUUACCACAAGGCUUCCAUCCCAGGGUGCCAGGUGACCUGGGGUCCGUUAAGCCAGUUGAUGGAUCCUCUGCUGGGAAGCAGACGCAAAGUGUCCAGCUCCUCUGCAUCGUGUCCAUCUUCUCCAUCCCUGGUGGGAACAGAAGGUGAUUUGCUGACAUUUAUGAAGAAAAUCCUUGACUGACUACACGUAAUCUACAUCUUUGGAAGAACAUCGUUCUCUGACCCCUAGAAGUCAGGAUUUUGUAGCAGUGUGCUACCUAAAGGAAUCUAAGGGAUCAGACGCUGUAGAUUCUCUGACAUUCCUUCUCUGGUGCCUGUCCCACUUUCUCUUCCAGUGGUUUUAGAUCACAAAACACCAUGAGCACAAAUCAGCUAAAGCGCCGUGGAGAAGCAGAUGAUUCUGGUCAAACUCAGAAACGGAGCAGGCUGAUCGCUCCUAGGAGAGCUGGAGCUUCAGAGCCAAAGCCAGACUUCAAAGAAAGUGGUACACUUUCUUUUGAACUUGCUGGUGAGGAAUUCAUAGGUGUCACUGCUGACUCUUCUGACUCUGAAGACAUCAAUCUAAUUGUCAGUGACUCUGGCAGUGUUGUGCAGUGUGAGCAAAACCAGCAGCAUCCACUUGUUUCCAGAACAGAAGAUGAUUCAGCCAUUCUACUGGCAAGUGAGAAAGAUGUGGAACCAAAAGAUAGUGAUGGCGCAUGGCCAUCAGGUACUCUUAGUUCUCCAAACUGGAUGGAUGAGUACUUAGAGUGGGAGCAGAACCAGGAGUACCCACUUCUCUCCACACCAGUGGAUGAUUCAGUUGUUCUACUGGCCAGUGAUGAUGAUGAAAUACUGAGAGAUAACAAUGGGCUCUUUGGUCCCUUAGCAAGUGUGGUUUACAAGGAUUGCUUCUUAUGGCAGACGGAGCAAAACCAGCAGCACCCACUUGUUUCCAGAGCAGGAGAUAAUUCAGCCAUGCUACUGGCAAGUGAUGAAGAGGAAGGAAGAAACAACAAUAGCGCAUGGCCAUCAGGUACUCUUAGUUCUCCAGACUGGAUGGAUGAGUACUUAGAGCUUAUUGAAGGGUAUGAACAACAAAGAAGCCAGCAGCUGUUGGACAGCUCUGUACUGAGUGAUGAUGAUGAAAAUGAAACAACAGAUAAUGAUGUGUCUGUGACUGAUUCAUCAUCUGAAGAAGGGGAUUCAUCAGAAGAUGAAACUGAAAGUUCAGAUGCUUGGCCAGCAGGUAUUAUUAGGUGCCCGAUCUGCAUGGAUUUUUACCCACAGAUCAUGCAAAGUGGACGACUGAUUUUGUCAACACUGUGUGGCCAUGUUUUCUGCAGUCAGUGCCUCCCUUUUGCCCUUCAGACUGCCAGCUUUUGCCCAACAUGCAGGACAGAUCUCACUCCACAACAAUACCAUCCCAUUUAUAUAUAAGUACUUGUAUUUUUCAAGGCAGUCUCAGAUGGAUUGUGAGGAAUAGGUGGUACAAAGACUUUUUUGUUUUUGUAUAUAGUUUUUGUUGUAUAAGGUUCCAUUUUCUCUGAAUUUAAUUAUAAGUAAUUUUUAAUUGAUUUAAAUAUAAACAAGUCUGCUCAUCUAUGUUGGAUUCUGCUGGUAGACAGAUUUCUUUUAACAGAUACAAAUAAAACCCUUAGUUUUAUCAGUCAGAAGUGCUUGUUCUUUUCAUCACACUGUAGUCAUUGAUUUCUGGGUGGAAAUGCUGAAGGCAUGAGCUUUGUAAUUCUUGUGAUAGUGUGUGUUUUAUAGGGAAAAGGGAACAGGCACUGCUUGGGGUGUGAGGCCUUCUGUUUCUUAGGACAGACCUAGCAGGAUGUUUUGCUAAAAAUGUCAUUAUUUCAGUUCUUUGAAGGUUGAAAGAGUAGCAGGUUGUGCACACAUCGAAAGACAACUAUUUUCUUUGAGAAUAGUUUGUCUGUAUCUAGACAGCUUGUUUAUGGCCCAAGCUGCCCCUUGUUUUGUCCUUGGUUACAGUGUUCCAUUGAUGACUGUCAGCUGAUGACAGGAGCACUGACAGCUUCUAUGAAGCUCCUCCCCUUCUAAAAAGCAAGCUAAAGGACUUAAACAUAAUUGCUUCAAUAUAAUUGCUUUAUUAGAACUGCUUCAAUAUUGCUUC